AUGGGUGCCGCAGCUUCAAAACAGAACACAGCUGCGCCGGCAGCGCCGGCCGCCGAGGACAAGCAGGCAAGUCAUCUUCAGUUCGGCCGCUCGCUCCUGAACUCGCUCGACAAGACUUCGCUGGACAACGUCGAAGGACCCGAUGCAACGCGCCAAGCGAAACUCGACACCUCGAUCCAGGCCAAGAUCAAGUCGGAACUCGACCGUCUACGCAAAGAGGAGGCCGAAGUGCGCAACGAGAUCCAAAAGGCGAUCGAGAAGGAGAAUCUUGCACGCGAGUCCAAGUACACGGGCGCCUCGGAGGGCAAGAACUCCAACGUGCUGCGUCAGGAGCUCGAGGGGUUGAGGAGUAAGAUCGACAAGUACAACAAGCAGAAGGAUGUGAGCAACUAUACGGGAGUGAAGGAGGCGCAGGAGGAGCUGGUCAAGUGCUACAAGAACAACCCCGAGAGGACGUUGGACUGCUGGAAGCAGGCAGAGGCGUUCAAGAAGGCGGUGGAAGGCGCUGAGAAGCAGUUCAUCUCUUCGUUCGGUUGA